AUGGAACAGAUCAGUGCUGAGACUUAUUUUGCUCUCGAGCUUGUCCAACGACAUGAGUUGUUUGUAAGUCAGUUCAAGUCGGAUAAGAUCAAGGCUAACAAGCUCGAGAAACAACUUGAAGAUUCUAGAGUGGAGAUUGUCUUUUUGACGAGGAAGGUUGUAGGGGCAAAGUCUCAAGCCGAUGAGCUGUAG